AUGCCGAGGCGCACAUCAUUAGCCAACGGCAGCUCGCUGUACGACGGGUUGCGAUUUAAGUCGAGCGGGUUCAAGCGUUCGGGCAGGAAAGUGAACUUUUACACGUGUAGUACGAUCGACGACUCGGACAGAAACGCGUCCUCGACGGGGAGAUGCACGUUCGAGGCGGAGAUCCGGCACAGAGCCGCGACGGACGAGUACUUCAUCACCAAGUACGUCGGCCAUUCGUUCGGUUGCACCGCGCUCUCGCCCCACAUCGACGGGGAAACGCGAGCCGAGCUCGUCGAUGACGUGCAAAUGCAAGCCAUAUCCCUGCAACGAGGUCGCGUCGCUGUACAAUCGUGUAUCGAUUACGUGUUCCGGCGCUACUCGUACGUCGUCGACGAAGCGCCGGCUGCGUCGUUACUUCAGUGCGUGCGGCGACGAAGUUCGGUGGCCACUCGCAGAGAGGCUCUUAAGCGCUUCGCUCAGACGAAAGUGCGAUCGAAAUUACAGGGCGAACUCAUGACCUGCAUCGCGCACUCGCGCCAAGUCAUAACCUCGUUGAGCCUGACCGAACGCCCGACGUCACGCGACAUUCGAAAGUAUUAUCAUGUGUUCGGAUUGCUGCACACGCACUGCAGUCGUCUUCCGGAGUUCGACUCGCUCGCAACCGUAUGGAUGGCCGCAGAUACGACUAGCAGCGCCGCGCUCAUUCAUGCGCUCGAGCUCGGCAUCAAAAAAUUCGACAACGCACUGCGCACCGUUCGCCCCGCGACUGCCUCACAAACUGAAGCCUUGCACAACGCUCACGGCCAUCUUCCUCCUUACGAUCUCAGUGAAGCCGAGGCGUUGACGGCUCUUCGUAGUAUAGCGCGUUCUGCCCAAACACGUUCGUAG